CGACGCCGGCAGGAGUUUUGUUUGCUUUUUAAUCUUUCGAUAGUUCGUGAAGCACUCAUUUUAGGACAUUAAUUCUGCGAACCGAUACCUGAACCUUUUGCCAGGAUGAGUGCGAGCGGUAUGCUGUACGGGGGCGAUGAAAUCGGAGCACUAGUGUUCGAUCCCGGGCAUCACUCGUUACGUGUAGGAUACGCCCAGGAAGACACACCGAAGGCGGAUAUCCCGGCCGUUGUUGGCGUGGGACCGACAGAUCCCGUGAUGAACUCGGAUCUGGAGACAAAAGCGGACAACAACAUCGGCAGCACCAACAAGUUCUAUGUCGAUACGACGCUGGUGAACGUUGCGCGGCCAAACAUGGAAAUUCAGUCGUACAUGAAGGACGGUAUGAUCGAGAAUUGGGAUUUGUUCGAGAAAGUACUGGACCACACGUACGCGAAGGUUAUCCAGUCGGAAUCCGUCUACCAUCCGGUGCUUUUUUCUGAGGCGGCUUGGAAUGUGCGAAACAAUCGGGAGCGCUUGACGGAGCUAAUGUUCGAAAAGUACAAUGUUCCUGCCUUCUAUCUCGUGAAAAACGCCGUCCUAGCGGCAUUCGCUAACGGUCGUGCCACGGCUCUUGUUGUGGAUAGUGGAGCAACGCAUACAUCCGCCGUUCCGGUGCAUGAAGGGUUUGUGCUAAGCCAAGCCGUGGUUAAGUCACCACUCGGAGGAGACUAUCUUUCGCUUCAGUGUCGCCAGUACCUCGAAGGACAGAACAUUGAUCUGCUCCCCUCAUAUGCCAUUGCGGCGAAGGAUGUCAUCAAGGAACGUGACACGCCGCGUUUCACACAGAAGGUGCUACCGGAAAAGCUAACCAACUCUUGGCAGCAGUACAUGCUGAAGGGGCUGCUGCAAGACUUCCAGAUGUCGAUCGUUCAGGUGCUGGAAACGCCGUAUGAUGAGCGAACGGCCGCACAGAUUCCGGCAGUGCACUACGAGUUCCCGAACGGUUACCAUCAGGACUUUGGUCCCGAGCGAUUCAAGCUGGCCGAAAGCCUGUUCGAUCAUACGAUGCUCGGUGCCGGUCAGCUGGCCUCGACCAGUGUCGGAAUGUGCGACGCGGAUGUACGGCUUUCGCUGUACGGUUCGGUCGUCGUCACUGGUGGUAACUCAUUGCUGCCCGGGUUUCCGGAACGGCUCAACCGUGACCUGCAGCACCGCGCACCGUCCAACACGCGUCUGAAAAUGAUUUCCGCGAAUGGUUCGGUUGAGCGACGGUUCGGUGCGUGGAUCGGUGGCUCGAUCCUAGCAAGCAUUGGCACAUUCCAGCAAAUGUGGAUCUCCUCCCAGGAGUACGACGAAUCUGGCAAAAGCCAAGUGGAGCGAAAGUGUCCCUAAACUGAUGUUUGUCCGCUCGUGUGCAUCUCUCACGAUUCACGGCACUGCGUGUUCUAGUGUUUAUUCCCCUUCCACCCAGAUCUUGUAAUGACUCCUUCCUUGUGCAAGGAAGAUUUAAUAAAAAACUAUAACAGUAAGGUAUAUGUGCCAGGAG